AUGCAGCACCUCGACCGACAGGAACGCCUGUUCAUCGACACCAGUCGCGACUUCACCGUGACGCAUGGCGAGCAGCCCGGCGUCGUGGCGGUCGCGUCCAAGGAUCAUCGUGAUCACUGGUGUUGGGCGGUCUACGACCGGCUGAUGACGCAUCGCGGCCGCGCUGACAGUCUCGAGGAGGCGACGGGCGCGAUAAUGGCGAAGAUCGCGGAACUGGAUGGCCUGUUCGCGGCGAUUGAUGCGGCCCUGACCGAGCGCCAGCGCGAUGCCGCUGUCUUUGACCUUGAGCGCCAGACCUACGCUGGCCCCGAUGCUGCGCUGGCCGAUCUUUAUCGCGCCUACAACACGCGCCUAGCGGCGAACGAGCGCCGUAAGGUCUCGCACCCCGCCUACCACACGAGCGGCGCACGCACGGACGAUGAGGCGGCGCUUGCCGGCCUGCACGUCAAGAUCGAGGCCCGCAAAUCCGAACUCGCGCAGCAGGAGGCGGCCUACAUGACGCUCGACGAAGCCGACCGGGCGAUGACCGAUCUUCGCACCUUCAUCGAACAAGCAGAAGCCGAUGGGGUCGACGCGGAUCUUCUCAGGCGACCGCGCCGUGACUGGCUCGAAAUCUACGAGCGCUGGGCGUCGUUCAAGUUUGACGAUCAACCGACCGCGCAGCCCGAGUAUCGGGAGGCGGCGGAAUGCGACGGCGAGCAUCUGCGCACCAUCGACACCGAAACGAUCCGUCACCGCCAUACCGCACGGAAGCACCCCAUGGUGGUGACUUCGACGCUGACGGUCUGCACGGUUGUUCCGAAGCCCAGCAAGAGGUGCGCCGUGGCUGAACCCGAGAGCACCAAUGACAACGACGACCUUCCAACUGACUGGAACGCCAUGACCCUUGAGCAAGCGUUCAUCGCCUCGGCGGCGCUGGUGAUCUCCGAUGACGGCUCCGAGGAAGGCGACCUGUCAGCCGACAUUGAACUUCGCACCAUCAUUCGUUGGUUCCAGGUCGGGCCGGGCUGCGACAAUUGCUACGCCGAGGACCUGAACCGGUUUCGCGGGACGGGCGAAUGGGGGCCGGGCACACCGCGGCUGUGGAUCAAGGGUUCGACGGCGCUGAUCCGCCGGCUGCAUCGCCAGCACGACAAGUUCUUUGCCGAGCAUGGGCGUCAUCGGCGCGUGUUCAUCCAGUCAAUGUCCGACCUGUUUGACAACGAGGUCGAACGUUCAUGGCACCGGAUCGCUUUCUCCGAGAUCGGCGCCGCGCGAAACCUUGAUGUGCAAAUCGUGACGAAGCGGGUCUCGAACGUCGUCAAGGUCGCUCCCGUUCGCUGGUUGGAAGGAUCGUGGCCGCGCCAUGUCGGGCUGAUGAUCACGGUCUGCACCCAGUCCGAAGCCGACCGCGAUAUCCCGCGCCUGCUUGAUCUCAAGAAGCGGCUUGGCAUCCCAUGGGUUGGGCUGUCGAUGGAGCCGCUGAUCGAGCGCGUCGAGUUGCGGCCCGCAUGGCUGGAACAACUCGAUUGGGUCAUCACCGGAGGCGAGAGCGGCAAGAACGCCAGGUCGAGGGGCCGGGUCGCCACCACCAGUUCCUCGACGGAGCAACUGUCCGCCGUAUCGGCAAGAAGUGGUGCGAUGACGUUCGGCAACCCCAACGCGGUCCAGUGCCCCGAAUGCGAUGGCACGGGCGCCUACAAGCCCGAUUGCUGGCUCUGCAAGGGCACGGGCGACGUCAAGAUCGAGACAGCCAUCGCGGAGGGUUACGACGAGGCUGAACUGGAAUGCUAUGACGACGGGUAUUGUCGUUGCCCCGCCUACGAAUGCCGCGGCGACUCCUGCGACAUGUGCGAGGGCGACGGCACGGUCGAUCCCCGCGUGCCCGAAGAUGAGGUCACGCGUGUCCUGGUCUUUGGGCUGACCGGCGUCAUCCCGGAGCGUCGCCAUCGGCUCCACAACGGAAUGAUGAUCGAAUGCGACGACCUGCUCGCGCGGUUCGCGGCGGUCGUGUGUCGAGAUCGGGGAUGGAUAAUCUGGUCGGUCUCGAUCUUUGGCGACGAGAUUUGUCUGACAGCGGCCGGGGAGGAAGAAGCGCGCCGCCGCUAUCCCGAUUGGGUGAAGCGGCGAGACGUUCAGCACGCGCCGCUAGACCACUUUGGUCGCUGGGCCGACGACGGUGGCGCGGAGGCGCGGUUCCGCUGCAUUGGUGGCAUCGAUGUGGACGCGGCGGCGAUCGACGAUUUCGGUCGCUUGGCCGGCGUGCCCGGCACCCUGCUGGACCUGUUCUCCCGCGAGCAGUUCAUUGCUUUUCAUGGCCGCGAGCCUGACGCCGAGUGGCGCGAAGCGGUGCCGGCGGACAUUCACCGCGCCUUUGGUCAUGAACGCCCGCACAUCGCGUUCCUGUCGGCGCCCUGCAAAGGGUUUUCGGGCCUGCUGUCCGAAACCUCAUCGAAGACGGCCAAGUACCAGGCCCUGAACGCGCUGACCCUGCACGGCAUGAUGCUGUUGCUGGAAGCCUACCGGGAUGAUCCGGUCGAACUGAUCAUCUUCGAGAACGUACCCCGGAUCGCGACACGCGGCCGGCAUCUGCUCGACCAGAUCGUCGGCAUGCUGCGCUCCUACGGAUAUGCCGUGGCCGAGACCACGCACGACUGCGGUGAGCUCGGCGGGCUGGCGCAGAGCCGCAAGCGGUUCCUGCUGGUCGCGCGGCACGAAAAGAAGGUCCCGCCUUUCCUCUACGAGCCCGGGAAGCGACGCCUGCGCGGUGUCGGCGAGGUGUUGGAGCAUCUUCCGAUACCGGGGCCCGAACCGCUGCUGCCGAUGCACCGCAUGCCGAUGCUGCAAUGGAAGACCUGGGUGCGGCUCGCCUUUGUUGAGGCUGGCUCGGACUGGCGAUCACUCAACAAGCUGCGCGUCGAGGACGGUCAUCUGGCCGACUAUGCGAUCGCGCCCGAUGUCGAGCGGCAUGGCGGAUUUCUGGGUGUGCGGGCAUGGGACGAGCCGGCGGCGACGAUAUCCAGCCGGGGGACCCCGACGACGGGCGCCUACUCGGUCGCCGAUCCCCGGCAUUUCGGUCUCGACUAUCAGCAGUACGGCGUCCGGCGCUGGGACGAGAACACGGGCGCGGUGAUCAACGUCAAGGCACCCGGACAAGGCAGCUUCUCGGUCGCUGACCCCCGCAUGCCAUUCUCGGCCAGCCGUCAAAACGGAAUCUACCGGAUCGUGCAAUGGGAUAGUGCCAGCCAUGGCAUCACCGGCGCGAAACAUGUGGCCGGCGCAGCUUUGUCCGUGGCGGACCCCAGACCUGCGCCUCGAGAUGACUACAAGCAGACCAAGUACCGCGUCACGGGCAUCGAUGAACCGGCAGGGACGGUGAUCGCCGCUUCGACGACUGGAAACGGCGCAAUCGCCGUCGCUGAUCCUCGCGCGACGUUCUCGCAAGACGGCAAGCCCCUUUACACGACGGGAGGCCACUACGGCGUUUUGCAUUGGGAGGAUGCGAGCGGCGGCGUGACGGCAUCGGGCCAGCACGACAAUGGUCGCUGGUCGGUUGCAGAUCCCCGCCCGGCAGUCGGCGAGGAUGUCGGCACCCUGCCCGACCUAGCCGACAGACUGUUCUGCGUCAUCCGCGCACUGGACGGGACCUGGCAUCGCCCCUUCACGACGCUGGAGCUCGCCGCCCUUCAAGGCUUGGUCGACCCGGAAGAAACGCUCGAACUGCAUGGCGUCUCCGAUUCCGCUUGGCGCGAGCGCAUUGGCAACGCCGUCCCGCCCCCGGCAGCACAGGCCAUUGCCGGCGUCAUGGGCCGGACAUUGCUGCUCGCAUGGGCGGGCGAGACCUUCAUGCUCUCGUCUGAACCGAUCUGGGUGCGCGAUGUCGCGGUCGGGCUGUCCGUCGAUGCCGCGGCAUUCGCGAUCUACUGCGUUUUCAUCCGUGACGGCGCCGGUGGGAGCCGGUCGCCCGAUGAGCGCUGGGAGCGCGGCGCGGCCGUUUUUCGAGAGGAGCGCUUGAUGAUCAAGAUCGGCCACCGCUUCUGGAUGGUUUGGAAUCCGCACGGGCAGUCGCCGACGGUGCAGCACAGCAGCCGUGCGCGCGCUGUGGCUGAGGCCAAGCGCCUCGCCGCAAACAACCCCGGCCAGUCGUUCUACGUCCUCAAGGCCGUGGGCGGCUUUGAAGCCGACAGCCCAAAGAUCAACCGGAUCAAGCUGGAGCAUGGCAUGAUCUUGGACCCCGACUUCCGCGAAGUCGACGAACCGAUCGUCACGCUCCGCAUGAGCCAGACGCAGGCGGAACAACUCUCGUUCGCGAUCUCUGACCUGCUGUGCUGGACGCGGGGCUUCAUGGCCGCCCAGCCCGACGAUUUCGAUCACGCCCCGAUGGGCACGAAUGAGGGCAGAGACAUGACAAAGCGAUACGUGAUCACCGUGACCGAGAUCGGGCAGGAGGUCCGCACGAUCGGCAACCAGUGGAUGCGCGGCGCCGGAGAGACGCCGGACGACUACGGCUACACGCCGGAGAUCGAAAAGACCUGCGACUACGAGCGCGAGAUUUUCAGGCAGACGGUCGACGAGCUCGAUCUUGCAGAUGUCGUCCGCGCAGUGAACGGAAUGUGA